UUCUUUCAAACCAACAACAAACUCAAAGACUCGGAAAUCCAAUGUCAUGUCAAAAUCCUGACACCAAAAUAAUACAUCUCUAUUGGCUCUUCUCAAUAACACGUCACUCUUGUGCCAAAACCUUAGUCUUGAAAUUGGAAAAGCCAUACAUUUUUUUUCCCUUUUUUCUAUUGUAUAGAAAUAAAACUUUUUGUUCAACAUGUUUAUGCCUCAACAACCUCAACUUACUCCCGAACAAAAGGCUAUGCUCCGUCAACGCACAGUCGCCACUGUUUCUAACUUUGUCUUUGUUGUUUUGGCUGUUCGUGCUGCUCCCUUUGCUAUUGAGCAAGUCAAGAAGUUGUUUUAAAAUAGCAUGUAUCGGCUUAUUUUCUCUUUUUGUACACACAUUUAUAUAUACACAUGCAUACAAAUUUCAUGUAUAAUAAAACUAAAAAGCUUUUUAUAGACUUUGCCUAUUUUUGUUUCAAAAACUUUUAUGUGCAUCCCAAAAGGACGAUGAUGAUAGCUUUGACUAAGCGUAUACAGAAGGAGUUGAUUACUACGAAUGGCGAGAAAGCGAGAGAGAGAGAGAGAGAGGGGGGG